GCGCGUGCUGCGCCCGGGCGGCGUCACGUGCGUGAGGGAGCUGCGGGCCCCGCGUGCGGCGCGUGUGGCGAGCGAGCGGUGGGCUGCGGAUCCGUGCGGCGUCGUGCACUCCUCGGUGGCUGUGUGCAGGCUUGUGCGUGUGAAGAGCAGCUGCUGCCUGCUGGUGCGUGUGAAGGGGAGCUGCUUGGGUGCUGUUGUGCGAAGGGAAGCUCGGUGGCUGUGUGCUGCUGUGCUGCGCGUGAAGCUGCCCGUGGAGCUGAACGUGCUGGUGAGCUGUGCUGUGGUCAGCAUUGAAGCUUGAGAGCAGGGGGCUGUUGUGCAGAUUGAAGGAAGAAGAGCUGUGUUAUUGUGGGAGGAAGACUUGUUCGAUUAAUCAUCAAUGGAGAUGUUGAGUCCGGAAGAAGAGGCGAAGAAAUUGGCAGAAGAGGCUGCAAGGAAGGCUGCAAAUGAGCAGCAUAGCAGCAGCAAGAACGAAGAGGAUCCACUCAUUACAAAAAAUGAGAUGAGAAGCGAGAUGAGGUGUAUGAUUCAAGAGCUUAUGGGGCUGGGUUUGAUUGGGCCUAAGGCGGUGUCUCGACCGUCUGAGUUGAAGCUGGAGCUUGUGCCAAAUGAUGUGAAGUUAGAAGGCAGCAAGAAUUACUUGAGUUGGUCUAGGAGAGUGAGGAUGCUUCUAGCCGGAAAGGGGGUGGAAGACUAUCUGGAGGAGGACUGUGUCGAGCCAGAUGACAAACUCAGUUCUGAAUGGAGAAUUUGGCACACCACUAACUCAAUUAUAGUGACAUGGUUGCUGUCAUCUAUGUCCCCGUCUGUGAGUAAGAUGGUUGAAGCUAUGCGUACUGCAGCACAGAUUUGGAAGACCUUGAGUAAUAUGUACUCAAGAAAAGGAAAUGUGAUGAUGAUGGAAAUUCAAAAUAUGGCAGAUGCGGUGAAACAAGCAGGAAGAUCUGUUGAGCAGUAUGCUAGUGAACUUCAAUACUUGUGGGGUGAGCUAGAUCAUUAUGCUCCACUUCUCAUGGAGUGUUCCAGAGAUGCUGGGGCUGUUCAUAAAUGGGUAGAGGAUAGGAGAGUAACCCAUUUCUUAAAGAAUUUGGAUCCUGAGUUUGAAAGUAGGAGGGCAGCCAUCUGCCAUCAAGAGAGCCUUCCUACUAUGGAGGAGGCCAUUUCGGCCAUGCUUAAUGAGGAAAGUAGACUUAAGGUGAUGGUUGGUAAUGAUCCAAUCAAGUCGGCAUACAGUGCUGUUGAUGAUAGAGAUUGCUAUAACUGUGGAGAGAAAGGACACUUGAGCUACAACUGUCCUUAUCCGAGAGGGAGUGGUGCUCGCGGUGGUGGUGCCCGCGGAGCACGUGGGGGUGCUCGUGGUGGUCGUGGUGGUUAUGGAGGAGGUCGUGGAAGCCAUGGUGGAGGACAUGGUAGAGGUCGUGGUGGCCCUAGAACCAAUGUGGCUGUUGCAGAAGAAACAUCAUCUAUCACUCUGACUGGAGAACAAGCUAAGAUGUGGGAACAGUGGCAGAAGAGCAAAGAGUCAGAGAACUUAGCUAGUACUCCACCUGAUUCUACUGCAACCACUACCGUUCAACACUUCGGUAACUUCACCAACUACGCCCACUCGGACGAAGGAGAAGAGCACUGGGAGGAGGAUUGGGACUGGAGUCAGGCAUAAUGGACUGUGGUUCAUCAGUCAUGAGGAGGCAGCACUAGCAGCAACAACGGAAGGAGAUGAGAAAGCAGUCAUUUUGCUCCACCGCCGGUUAGGCCAUAUACCUUUUGAGAACCUAAACAAGUUGUAUCCCGAAGUGUUACUACAAGAAUUAUGAUUUUUUUAUGACAAAAGUCCUCAUGACGAGGUCAAAUAUCAUCAUAUAUUGUAACAUUAUAU